AUGUUCUACGUAGUUAAAAGAUCUUUUAAACUAAAAAUAUCAUUAGAUUUGUUUUCACUUCUAGGUAUCUGCAGGUGCCCAAAAUUAUGAUUAACGAAUAAAUGCAUUAAUCAAAAGUAAAUCUGCUGUAAUAACUAUUCAAGUACCUGAAUAAACAGACUGUUAUUUCACGGUAUUCAACUAAAAAUAAAAUCCACUUCCAAGGGGAUUUUAUAUUAGUUAUGAAAUAUUCAAUAAUACAGAGACUUUAAAUAUUAAUAUCACUCUCUCUUCUAACGUUCUUACGUUCACUGACCGACCGGUUAUCGUAAUCUAUUAUACAACGUUAUGAAUAGUUUAAAAAUUGAAAAUAUGAAAAAUAAAUCGAUUGGUUCUAUUAAACCGGGUACAACAAUUUUAACCGAACAACCUUUUGUAUUUGUUUUAAAAUCUAAAUUACGUACAGAAGCAUGUGAUCAUUGUUUGGAAAGGGGGAAAGUGUUGAAAUGUUCCGUCUGCCAAUAUGUAUAUUAUUGUAAUCGAAAUUGUCAAAGGGAAGCUUGGUCUUUACAUAAACUGGAAUGUUCAAAUUUAAAACAAAUCGCACCAAAAAUAUUACCAGAUUCAGCGCGAUUAAUGGCACGUUUAAUAUUAAAAUUGCAAAAGGGCGGUGAUCAUGAAAAAUCUUACUAUUCGGAAAAUAAAUUUCGAAAAUUUAAAGAUCUUAUGUCACAUUAUUCGGAUAUCAAAAUUGAACAAAAAAGGCAAGAGCAUUUUACAUCAAUGUGUGCGGUUUUAUUUGAAUAUUUAAAAAAUAUAACUAUUCCAAAUUCAGCUGAAUUAAUGGGAAUAUAUGGAAGGAUGUGUAUUAAUUCUUAUAAUAUUUUGGAUCCUGAAAUGAAUAGUGUUGGUACUGGAUUAUAUUUGGCAGCAUCAAUUAUCGAUCAUUCGUGUGAUCCUAGUGCUGUUGCAGUUUUUAAAGGAACCACAAUUAAUAUUCGAACUGUAAAAUCUUUGCCUUCAUUAAAUUGGCAAGAGAUAUUCAUAAGUUACAUUGACGUGUUAAAUUCACCAUUCGGACGCCAAGAAGCUUUACAACAAUCAUAUUAUUUCUUGUGUAAAUGUCCACGAUGUUUACAUGAUGGUCAAAAUUUAAUAAUGUUUAGUGGUGUGUGUCCAAAUAAAGAUUGUACUGCACCAAUUAUUAUGAAUAAUAAUGGAAGUAAAAAGGAUGAUAAUUCACAAAAAUGUUCUGCAUGUAAUGCAGAAAUUGGUAAAAAAUAUAUUGAUAAUUAUCGAAGUGUCGAAGAAUUUACGGAAAUGCAAUUGAAAACAAUGGAACAAAAAUCAAUGGCGUAUUUAGAUGUGUGCAAAUUAUGCUUGGGAAAACAGAAAAAUGUUUUUUAUAAACUUAAUUUAUUACAUGUGAAAACUUUAGAUACAGCAUUAGAAAGUUGUAUUGAGUUAGGACGAUGGUCAGAUGCUAUUUUCUUUGGAAAACAACUAAUAGAUGGCUACAAGUAUUAUUACGGUGAAAUUCAUCCAAUGCUUGGAUUAUUGUAUUUAAAAUUGGGAAAAAUAUUAGUUUAUGAAAAUAAAUCAUCAGAAGCAUUAAAAUACCUUCAAGAAUCAGCAAAUAUUUUACAUAUUACGCAUGGGCCAUGCCAUUCUUUAUGCCGUACUGAAUUAGAUCCAUUAUUAAAACAAGCGAUUUUAGAAUCGUCAAUUAUAAAUAGUAAUGGUUAUUAACGAUUACUUUUACGGUAUUACCUCUCUUUAAGGUAGUAUAGCAGUCUCAAGCAUCACAGUUAACUAAUAUUUUAAAUAAAUUUGAAUUUUUUACCGUAUCGUUUAAGAGAUAUAAUUAAUUAAAGUUAUGCAAAAAUACACGGGCUCUUGUCUUUUUGUUCAAAUUCUCCGGAAAUGGUUUAUGUAUGUAAAAUGGGCACGGUUCAUCAUCUAUAGUAAAAAACACCAAUAAAAACGUAUUUUUUGUUGGAUUUCAAUAUGAUUUAAUGCAGUUUAAAAAAAAUUUGUCAACUUGGGGGUUUGCCCUUGUUUUUCGAGUAACAGUCAUAUUUAGGGGAAAUUUAAGGGGAAAAUAAAUUCCGGUAAAUAUUUAUCGUCUAUUCCUUCUUAUUUGCGGCAUAUUUACCAUUAAAAAAUAUUUUUUAAUAAAUAAAUAAAAAUGAGAUUUAACCUCUGUUUCUCAAACAUACGUCUAUAACAGAAACCGCCCACAUCAUUAUCUUUUAAUCUUUAUUCUAUUUAAAAUAAUAUUUAUUCUAUUCAAGGUGAAGUCGGUUACUUAGUUCUUAUUCAAUCAACGACAGUGUAAUCAAUUUACUUAAUUUAUAAUUGAUUAGACCGCUGUUGCCCGGAUUCGAACCCCCACCUCCUCCACUUGGCCUGUAUGGUAAAAUAAAAGGUAAAUGUGUGUUUGUUUACUCAAAAUAUUUUGAAAUAUUGCGGAUCACAUAUUUACCAGUAAUACCAACUUAAAUAUUUUACGAAAGUUGUUAUGGCUUCAAUACUGCUAUACUUCCUGAAGUAUUAUUUUGAUUAUGAUUUCUGACCAGUUUACAUUUUCUAAGAAAUAGAUCUUUCAUUUUCGACAAACAGAGAUUGGCGAUAUUAUUUUUAUAAAUCUUAUUUUUAUACUGAAUUACGUUAAGUUAUUGAUAACUACGUUCAGAGUUACAAAUGAAUAUGAAAUAUAUAAUUUUAUUUAUUAUUUUUUAUAAUUUUUGUUGAAAACUUGAAACCUUACUUAACGUAUGGGUUCCUAGGUUUUCAAUUAUCAAA